AAAUCUAUUGUAAUGUAUUUGUUUUAUUAUUUUCCCAAACCAAAUAAAUUAAGGGGCCUAAAUGCAAAUUCUUGCACAGGGCACAGGAAUGGCUAGUUACGGCUCUGGUACCAGCUGUACCAAUCAUCGCUACUUGUUUACGGCGCCAUGUCAACCGGAAUGGGAAGUGGAGGGCUGCAACUGAAAACAAUAAGAGAGAUGAGGUUAUUAAUUCGAACGUACAAGUUUCGGGUGAUGAAAAAAAAGUCACCUUGGAGGAUUCUGUCGAGACAAUUGUACACAUCAUCAUGGAUCUGGCAGCUCAGAAGAGAAAAGAAAAACCAAAAUCGUCUUCUUCUGAUCUUGAUGAAAAAUUGGAAAUGGAAAAAGAAGACUCAUUGGAAUUGAACGAAAUAGGAGAAGUAAUGGAGGAAGUCUCGAAAGUAAUAAGAAAAUUUGAUGAAGAGAAGACUAAUGAUGACGAUAGAUAUUCGUGGGAGAGCGAAUCCCUAAAAGAUGACGAUGAUGAAAACAAAACAACAAAAUGUACGGACAUCUUUCGUUAUUUAUUUAUAAAACUGCCAUCCGUCAUCUUUUCCUGCUGGAAAAGAAAAAAAUAAAUGCUCCACAAUGAAAAAG